AUUGUCACAAAUAUGUCUCCAGAAAAAAGUGAUGACAUUGAGCAAGAGCAGCAUAAAAUUCAGUCUGAGGAUGAUAAACUACGAAUUAAAAUAUCAUAUGAAGAUGCUAUAAAACAGUUCCAAUCAUGUGAUGAUAACAUAAAACAAUAUUUAAUAUUUAAGCCACAAUGGAGGAAAUACUAGGUCAGGAGAUGCGUCCACCGUUGAUUCUUCGAAAGUUUUUAGAGGAUUGGAAAACGGUUCUUGAAUCAAUGGUGAUACCAAAAACUGAAUGUGAUAUACAAAAUGCUAUGAAUUUAUCAGAAAAUGAGCAGCGUUUUAGCGAGAUUGUUGCAGAGUGUUCGUUAGAUAAAUUAGACCAAGAAAAUGACGUAAAUAUUAUUAAAUAUGAACCAGGCGUUACAAAUUCUGCGCGUAUUCCAAUAAUUGUGGAUGACACGAACUUAAAGUCAUACAAUGAGCUGGUUAAGGGUAAGAACAAUAACAGUCAAAAUCGAAAUCCGUUUAAACGUUCACGAGAAACAUAUGCCAUGGUGCCACUCCCUCGUACGCUGCAAAAUGAAAAAUAUGAUUCCUGUGACUUUUACAAUGAUAUACUUAUUAAGAUACGCAUUUAUAGACCUGCACGUGUUGUACACACCAGUAAAAGUUUAGAAAAACCAGUAUUUGCCGAGGAGUUCGAGUGUCUGGGGUCAAAUUAUCUUAGUGAUUUGCGUGACAAAAUUUCUUGUGUCUGUAAAAAGAAACGGUUUUUCGAUGUUAGCGAUAACCCAACAGCUGAAUUGCCAGUGAAGACAACGGAUCCAGCUUAUUUUUUCAUAAACAAUACUUUUUACAAUGACCAGCGCAAUCCCGAUAAUCCUGAUUAUUCAGAAGUUAUCCGAAAUUGGGCUAAGAAGGCGAUUGGUCUGAAGGAUUUAAACUUUGAUGUGGCACAAAUGGAAACAACUCGUUUCUUAGAUUUAACCGUUAGUAUAGGUUUCCCACAAUUAUAUCAACAUCACGGCAACUGCGAACAUGUUUUUGUCUUCUCCCAGAUUGAAGUACUGAAACCUGGAGGGACAUGCGUGCAGCGCCAAAUGUAUCCUCGACUCUGUUCAUUUGGAUGUUAUAAUAAUCGUGUUUGCAACAUGUGUGGCACACGUCAGUGUACCUUCAUUGUAACAAAAAGUGAUCGUCAACUACACGAUCCAGCCUAUGUGUGCAACAAGUGUUUUUUUGAUUACCAUUAUAUAGAUGGCAACAAAAUAGGUAAUUUUCGGGCGUACAAAGUAAAUGAGUAUAAUGAUGAGGAAGAACUAACAGAGUAUAUAAAAAAAUCGAGAGUUGAAGAGGACUAUGCCUCUGAUGAAAAUGAAGUGAAUUAAGAAAAUAGUUUGCAUUAAAUAUUCUAAUAAUUAUUGCUAUGAAUAUUGUACUACAUUAUUAAAAUACAAAUAUUUAUAAAUUCGUAUGUACACUUAUCCAUAAAAACGUUUAAUUUUAUAUAAAUCAUUCUCGUUAGAAAAUAUAUAUAUUAAAACAUAUGGUGUAUAUUUAUGAUUUUAUUUAAUUAUAAUUUAAUAUGUAUGUUUAUAUGUUCUGACAGCAAACGUACUACUUUUAAGAAGAAUAAAAAACUUGGUUAGAACUAAAAAAAUAAAUUAAGGA